AUGACCGCGGAUUUUUUCCCGUUGCAGAGCUUACCGCAGACUCCGGCCGGAGGCGUGGGUGGAAAGGGACUGGGAAGUGGAUGUGGCGCCGGCACAGGUCCUGGAAUGGUCAACGGUGCUGCCGUCGACCAUCAGGACAUUCGGGACGGCGUUGCUAUAAACACGGAACACGCAUUAGUUUAUCGUGACGGGAAUCUAGUGUCAGGAUCAUUAGAAGCACUGGUACAACAUAUGGUACCAACAGAAGACUAUUACCCGGACCGAGCAUAUCUCUUUGCGUUUCUGCUGAGUGCGAGGCUCUUCAUCAAGCCCCACGAGCUUCUCGGCGAGGUUUGUGCAUUAUGCGAGCAUCAGCAGAACCUCAAUGGGGAGGGUGGAAAAGAGCGGCUGCAGCGUUUUGUACCGCGACUGGUGCAGCUUCUUGCAGAGUGGACCGAGACUUUUCCAUACGACUUUCGAGACGAGCGAGUAAUGGGUCACGUGAGGUCUAUCACCCAGAAAGUCGCUGCUGUGGACGCUGCUGCGCGUCAAGAAGUGUCGGCCCUUCUGCAAAAUUUAUUGCUACGUCUAACGGCACUUGAACGGUACGAGGAGGGGUUGUCUAGACUUGCCACCGAAGCUGCUACCGAACAACUCACUCAGGUUGAUGUAACAGAACUAUGUCCAUCAGCAACAGUGCUGGCACAACAAUUGACCCACGUCGAGCUGGAGAGACUCUCGUACAUCGGACCCGAAGAGUUUGUACAAGCAUUUGCCAAGGAGUCGCCCCAUCUAGAGACCUCCUUCAAAGACAUGAAGAAGACGAGGAAUUUGGAGUCGUACGUUCAGUGGUUCAACAGGCUGAGUUACUUUGUCGCCACCGAAGUUUGCAAACACGCUAAGAAGAAACAGCGAGUCCGCGUCGUGGAAUAUUGGAUCGAAACGGCCAGGGAAUGCUUCAACAUAGGAAACUUUAAUUCCUUAAUGGCCAUUAUUGCUGGAUUAAACAUGUCGCCUAUUUCACGGCUAAAGAAAACUUGGUCAAAAGUCCAGUCAGCAAAGUUCUCUAUUCUGGAGCAUCAAAUGGACCCGAGCAGCAACUUCAGCAGCUACCGCAGCACUCUCAAAGCAGCAAUGUGGCGAAGCGUCGGCGCUACCGAUGAAAGACAGCGAAUUGUGGUUCCUUUCUUCAGUUUGCUUGUAAAAGAUCUCUACUUCCUCAACGAGGGAUGCAGUAACAAACUUCCAAAUGGUCACAUCAACUUUGAAAAGUUUUGGCAACUUGCCAAACAGGUGACUGAGUUCAUAGCAUGGAAGCAGGUGGCUUGUCCUUUUGAGAAGAAUUCACGGGUCAUUGCUUUUCUACAAGCAAGUCCAGUACUAACUGAAAAUGCUCUUGCCUUGGCUUCCUUUGAGUGCGAGCCACCUGACAACAAUCCAGAGAAGGAACGUUAUAAAGCUUUAAAGUCCGAUUUGAACGCUCAACAAAAUAAUAUUCAUGAAUAUAUCAAGAUUUAA